GCUUUCACCUCAUCACUCUGGUUCUAUCUUUGAUUUUUCCAGGAUGUUCUCUGCACACAGUCUGAUGGAGGAUCUGACCAACGGCACAGAGAGGAAUACCACGGAUCCUCAGGACUGGACCCAGGUCUAUGAAGCAGUCCGGUGGAUCCAGCUGCUCAUGGCUCUGCUCAGCAUCGUGGGCUCCGGCUCCAUCAUCAUCUCUGUCAUGUUACAGAGACUCAGACGCAAACCUGAGCUGCAGCCUCUCUUCCUCCUCAGUGUGUCCGACCUUCUACUUGCUCUCUGCUGGCUCAUCGGCGCCUUUCUCUUCUCCAAACGCUGCAGCCGCCUGAACAGACACUGCUUCCACCUGCACACUGUUGAGCAGGUUCUCUACAUGACCUCCUUCUUCUACACCCUGAACUUUGUUUGGAACCUCUACACGGGCAUCAGAGAGAAACUCUACAGCUGUCUCAGUGGAUACUCAGUCCAGUUUUCCAACAGAGUGAGCACUGCCAACAAAAUCACAGCACUGCUCUCAGGAAUAAUUCCUGUUUUGCUGAUGAUGCCGGCGUGUAUCAAAGAAAACCUCAGUCAAUGCCACGCCAACCUCAGCCAGCCCUACAGGUGUCUGCUGAUGCACACCGGAGCGCUGUAUUACAACUCAGAGGAGCAGCAGCCAAUCAGAGUCUGCAGGGAGUUUCACAUUUAUCGCGUCGCCAUCUUUCUCGCCACCUUCUUCAUCACGCUCCUCGGCAUCAUCGUGCUCAUGGUUAAAACUCGCCAUAUUCACAGACGAGUCGUGACAUCAAAUGGCUAUCUCGGCACCCAGCAGAGGGCAUCGUUCCGCGUCAUCGACGGGCGGAUGAUCCUGUACCCACUGAUCUUCUUCUUCUGCUGGGGUCCAGCUGUGUCUCUGGCGUUUCUCCAGGUGGUGAAGCCAUUGGCGGGUCUGGGUGAGGCGGGGGUCAUCCUCUACAUCUUACAGGCUCUGACCUCGGCUUCUCAGGGUUUCCUCAACAGCCUGGUCUAUGGCUGGACUCGGGUGAACCUCUGCAGAACCCGCAGGAGGGUUUUGUCUCGAGACGUGGACACUCAGACGCCUCUGCUGAGGGCGCAGAAGAAGAAGAGAGGCUACCAAACACUGCGCACCAUCGGCUGAACCAGACAGGAGAGGGACUGAGUGAAAGCGAAAGUGAGCAUCUGUUUUCUGUUUUCUGCUUCAAAGACUCUGAGAAAAGUCUCAACUGUCACUGUCAGAGAGGGAAAACACCUCAGCGCCUCCCUCUCUGAUCCUGAACCAAUCAGGCGAGAAAAGGAGAAGAAGAAGAAGGAGGGGGAGUUUACAGCGAGGGGAAGGGCCGCCAUGGAAACAGGAUU